AUGUCGGACAAAGUUAGAUACUACUUAGAACAAAGUGUUCCUGAACUUGAAGACUUACAGAAGAAGGGACUCUUUGACAAGAAAGAAAUCACCAUGAUUAUGAGACGAAGAACAGACUUUGAGCACCGUAUUCAAGGUAGAGGGAGUAAGCCAAAAGAUUUCAUUAGAUAUGCUUCUUUUGAAAUGAACUUAGAGAAGUUAAGACGAAAGAGAUAUAACAGACUCAGUAAAGUGAGUGGACUCAUCAAUACGAAACCACUGAUAAGUGAUUGGGCUGGUAUUAGAAGAAUUUUAUUCAUUAUGGAUAGAGGUACUAGAAGAUACCCGGCAGAGGUAGAACUAUGGGCUCAAUAUUUAAAAUUCGCUAAAUCCAACGGCGCCAUUAAGAUUAUAUAUAAGGUGUAUUCCAGGUUAUUACAAUUACAACCCAGAAAUGUCGAUGCAUGGUUAUCUGCUGCAAAAUAUGAAUUCGAAACUAAUGCUAAUGCUAAGGGAGCUAGAUCAUUGUUCCAAAGAGCUCUUAGAUUAAACCCCGAAUCAUUUGAAUUGUGGUAUAGCUACACUCAGUUUGAAUUGACCUUUGUAGCGAGAUUGCUAGCCAGAAGAAAGGUAUUAGGGUUAAUUACUGAGAAACAGCAAUUGGAGAACUUACAAAACGAGGAAAGUCAAUUACAGAAACAAUUGAAAGACUCUAAUGUUGCUGACGAUGAUUUCAACUUAGAUACUAUAGAAUUACCUAGUGGAGAAGACAUGAAGGAAGAAUUAAAUCUGUUACCAGAAGCUGAUAUGAAUAUCUUGGGUAAUCCAGAGACUAAUCCUGCCUUGCGGGGUGAUGUUGCAUUAACUGUUUUUGAUUUGUCGAUUCCAGAGCUCACAAAGAAUUUACCUCAAAAUGUCAAUGUUGAUGAUAAAGUAUUCCAGAUUUGUGAUCGGUUCUUGAACCUUUUUGAUAAAUAUGAAGAUUUGAAUCAAGAUCAUUUGUACUCGCAUGUGAUUCAAUAUUUACAAGCUCAAUAUCCAGAUGAUUUGAGAACUUACUUGAUAGAUAUCACCCUCCCUAUAAGAACCACCAGUAUUAAUUCAAGUGACUUAUCGGAAGUAUUACAAUUGUCUGUCAACAAAUUUAGAGCAUACAAGCUGAAGUUGAAUCUUGAUAAGGAGCAAUUGACUAAAUUGUUUAUCAACUAUUUGCAAACGCAAUAUUUAUCUAAUGUACAAGAUGUCAAUGAACAACAACAACAACAACAACAGGAGCAAGAAGAUUCACCAAUCAUUGAACUUAUUAGGGCUAUUAUCAAGAAGUUACCCACCCUUUAA